UGCCUUAGUCCGGAAGACGGACUACAAGUCGCGACCGUCUUUCAACAAUUGAUUCGAAACUACUCAGUGGAAGUCGCCGACCAACUGCUCGCGGCUGAUGUCGUGGCCCACUGCGAUGGAAUGAAUGAAUUAGCUGGCAAGCCUCUCGGGGCACCAACAUACCACGACCGAGAAGAGCUCAAGGCUGCGCUGGAGUGGCAGAGCAGGCGCCCUACGCCUGUCACGCUGCAGACUGUCGAUGCUGUUAGUUGUAACACGAUUGUACUUAAGUGGACGGCCACGUUUGGCGAAGCGAAACUCUCUGUUAGGGGUAUUCAGAUUUUGGAGGUAAUUAGGGACAGUUCGUCUUAUGGCUGGGCCAUCAAAUCCAUCGACACAGAGUUCAACAGCCUUGCCUACCUCGUCAAUCUCGGAGGCGUGUACAAGAUGCCAGGU